CAUACAAAAAUCUGUAUCUAUACAUCCCUCCCUGUAAUAAAAACCCUUCAUUUUCCCCUAAAUUAAUUAAACCCUCGCCGCCGUCACUCCAAUCUCCGCCGCCGGCGAUGUACUCUCCGUUCCUCCGCCGCCGCCCCUCCGCCGUCAAGGCGCCGGUCGUCGUCCGGCAAGUCUGGUCUGCCAAUCUCGACUACGAAUUUUCGUUAAUCCGAGAAAUCGUCGAUCGGUAUCCGUACAUUUCAAUGGACACAGAAUUUCCCGGCGUCGUCUUCAGCCAUAACCACCACAGCUCAAAUCCCGGCGACCAUUACAGAGCUCUGAAAUCGAACGUCGACGCGCUGAAGCUGAUCCAAGUCGGAUUAACCCUAAGCGACGCCGCCGGAAACCUACCGGACUUAGGCACCGGCGGCGGCCGGAGAUUCAUCUGGGAAUUCAAUUUCUCCGAUUUUGACGAAACCGUCGAUCCGCACGCCGCCAGCUCAAUCGACCUCCUCCGCCACCAAGGAUUCGACUUCGGCGCGAGCCGCCGCCACGGCGCAGCCGUGAGCCGGUUCGCCGAGUUGAUGAUGUCAUCGGGGCUUGUCUGCAACGACAGCGUGACUUACGUGACUUUUCACGGCGGCUACGAUUUCGGGUACCUUGUGAAAGCCCUAAUCGGAAAAUCUCUGCCCGAUUCGAUCGAAGAGUUUAAGGAACUGAUGAGGAUUUUGUUCGGGGAAAAUGUUUACGAUGUGAAGCAUUUAAUGCGGGCCUGCCCGGGGCUGCACGGCGGCUUGGAGAGGAUUUCGCAGCGGCUCGGCAUCGGACGUGUCGCCGGAAAGUCUCACCAGGCCGGCUCCGACAGCCUGCUGACGUGGCACGCGUUCGAGAAAAUAAAGGAUAAUUAUUUCGCGGAAAAGGCUGAGGAGAGUAAGAAUAAUGAUAAGGUUAAUGUGUUAGAACAGUUUGCUGGUGUUCUCCAUGGAUUAGGAACUCCUUAAUUUUUUGGGAAUUAAUUAGGGUUUCUAUACUGUGUGUCCGCCAUGGAUGAAGGUUGAAGAUGAAGUGAAGAAGAUCGAUUGAAUAAGUGUUGUUUGUGUAUAUAUAAUUAUAUAAUUAUAUAUAUGUAUUGUUGUAUUGUGCAAGUUUGUAAAAUCGGUG